AUGGCGGUAAUAAAGUCUUUACUUGAUACGGAUGUGUACAAGCUCUUUAUGCAUGCGGCUGUCUACAAGCAUUACCCCGAUACACCGGUCGUCUACAAAUACACCAACCGAUCACCAACUCUUGUGCUUUCAAUUGAAGCUAUUGAAUGGCUCAAAUCGGAAAUUUCGUCCCUUAAACAGCUCAAAUUUAGUGAGGAGGAGAUAGACUACUUGAAGAAGGAACUUCCUCAGUUUUCGGACGAGUAUCUCACGUAUUUAAAGACAUUCAGUCUUGACCCUGAUACCCAAGUUCGGUAUCAAAAUGAUAAAGAAAACUUGCAAGAAUUUGCCAUUGAGAUGUAUGGAUCUUGGUCCGACACUAUCUUGUACGAGAUUCCCAUUUUGGCUCUCGUUUCAGAGGCAUAUUUUAAGUUUGUAGAUACAGAUUGGACACUUGAUGGCCAAUAUGAACUCGCCAAAGAUAAGGCGAUACAAUUGAUCAAGAAUGAAUGCAGUUUCAGUGAGUUUGGAACCAGAAGACGAAGAUCAUUUGAAACCCACGACAUUGUGAUUGGUGCAUUACAUGACGUUGCCAAGCUGGAUCAGGUUUCUGCCAAGUAUAUUGCCGGCACUUCCAAUGUCUACUUUGCCAAAAAAUAUGGCAUGAAACCUAUAGGAACAGUAGCGCACGAGUGGUUUAUGGGAAUCGGUGCCAUCACCCAAGACUAUAUCAAUGCCAACAAAAUUGCUAUGGACAAGUGGUUGGAUACUUUUGGACCCCAGUACGCAGGCUUAGCAUUGACCGAUACAUUUGGAACCGACCUGUUUUUGCGAGUAUUCCUGAAACCAUACACAGACUACUACGCUGGAGUCAGACAGGAUUCUGGAGACCCCGAGGAGUACGCCGAGAAGAUUGCCCAGCAUUACGGAAAAUUGCUGUAUGAGCCUUUCUCAAAGACUAUUUGUUUCAGUGAUUCACUCAACAUAGAAAAGUGUCUUCAGUACAAAAGAACAGCCACGAAACUCUCGUUGAAGACGACUUUUGGAAUCGGGACCUUUUUCACCAACGAUUUCAAGACUUCGCUGGGUGCAAAAUCCACUCCACUCAAUAUUGUCAUCAAGCUCUUUGCAGCCGCGAACAAACCAGCCAUCAAAAUUAGUGAUAAUCUCGGCAAAAAUAUGGGUGAUGAGAAUGUGGUUCGUGUAGUAAAGGAGCAAUUGGGGUACCAAGAGAAAUCGUGGGCUGGUGGCGACGAAGCACACCGGUGGAAUUAG